UUUGUGUAUUUUGUGAGAGGUUAGCCAACAUCUUCAAAAAGUACUGUAGUACCACAGUCUUCCUUCUAUACUUGAUCACCAUAUUUAUGUCAGCAGCCUCACUUCACAUUUAAAGAUCUAUUGGUGGUCCCACAGGAUCUACUGUCAUCAAAGGAUCAUUUGCUAUAGCCUUUUGUAGUGUUUUAUCUGAGAGAAGUGAAUCAUGGAGCCUGUGUCAAUGCCUUUACUGGUUGGUGGACUUAUUGAUUGUGUAGCUCAGUUAAUAAGAAUUGCUGAAGAGAUUCUACAGCUUAUUUCACAAGGGCAGCAAAUUCCUCGGGGAGAAGAGAAUAAUAGAGUAGUACAGGUUGAAGCUGAGGCAACUCCCCCGGAUGAAGCAUCACUACCAGAUCUUGCUAAUUUCUCUGACUUAGAAUCAAUACUUUCGCUAAGAGAAGAUGAAGACAUGGUCUUUGAUAUCGAUCAAGCUUUGUUUGAUAUAGGUGAUAUAAAUGAAGAUCUACUCCCUGAUAUGGACAAUAAUUAACAGGGGGAAUAAGUCCCAAUUUUCCAUCACCAACACGUGAGAACUGAUCAGUUCUCUAUUUCAAACAUAUUCUGAUUUCUGAACA